GCAGCAGGUGGCUGUGCUCGCUCCGCUCCGCGCUCCCGCCUCGCCUCGCCCGCCGCCUCAGCGCGGCCCCGCCGCCGCCAAGACGCCGCGGGCCGUGCUCCGAGUGAAGAAUGGGGCGGCCAAGCUCGCCAAGCCGCCCGCGGCCGCGGGCGAGACCCCCGGCGGCGCCCCCGGACAGGGGCUCUUCAUGGAGCGCUCGCAGAGCCGCCUCAGCCUCUCCGCAUCCUUCGAGGCCCUCGCCAUCUACUUCCCCUGCAUGAACAGCUUCGACGAGGAGGAUGCGGACGGCGAUGGUCGGAGGCUGAAGGGAGCCAUCCAGAGGAGCACAGAGACCGGGCUGGCUGUGGAAAUGCCCAGCAGGACCGUCCGCCAGGCCAGCCACGAGUCCAUCGAGGACAGCAUGAACAGCUAUGGAUCAGAGGGAAACUUGAAUUUCAGUGGAGUCCAUCUGGCAUCUGCUGGGCAGUUCAGUGACUUCCUGGGGAGCAUGGGCCCUGCACAGUUUGUUGGGCGUCAGACCUUGGCCACCACCUCGAUGGGGGACGUGGAAAUUGGCUUGCAAGAGCGAAAUGGGCAGCUAGAAGUGGAUAUCAUUCAGGCUCGAGGACUGACACCAAAACCCGGCUCCAAAACACUGCCAGCUGCUUACAUCAAAGCUUACCUGCUGGAGAAUGGCGUGUGCAUCGCGAAAAAGAAGACAAAAGUGGCUCGCAAAUCAUUAGACCCUUUGUACAAUCAGGUGUUACUGUUUGCUGAGAGCCCCCAGGGCAAAGUAUUACAGGUGAUAGUCUGGGGAAACUAUGGGCGCAUGGAGCGCAAGCACUUCAUGGGAGUCGCCAGGGUCCUCCUGGAAGAACUGGAUUUGUCAACUUUAGCAAUCGGCUGGUACAAGCUCUUCCCGACUUCCUCCAUGGUAGAUCCCACUACAGGCCCGCUCCUGCGUCAGUCCUCACAGCUUUCCCUGGAGAGCACAGUGGGACCCUGCUGUGACAGGUCUUAGUGAGUAAGGAAGGGGGAACUGCUUUUGUUUUUUAAACAUGCUGUCAAAGGUUUUGUUUGCUGGAACUCUGACCUCAAGCGCAAUGCAUGUUCAAUCAGUUCUUGUGGAGCUGGAAGAGGAGGAUAAACCAGUGACCUUAGACAGAAGACGAGGGGGAGGGCACUGUGCCCUCUCCGUCCGAGGAGGAGGUGCCGUGGGGCAUGAGUCCUAGUUGUCAAAUUAGACAUACACCUCUUGUUUCACUUCUCUCACUGUCAUUCUUGGACCCUUGUUUCAGAUCAAUAUUAACCCUGAAAAGUUGCAGCGUUUGAAAGAAUUUGAGGGGGAGUAAGGAAGGAAUUUUUCUUAACUGUGCAUAUUAGAAAUUUCUAAUACGGAUUCUUUCACGAGAAAGUACCCGAAAAAUUCAGAGGUCAACAUCUGGCCUGAAAAGAGCAGGAGCAGAAAGUUUAGGAGGAACCAUUAGGGUUUUUAUAAGGUCUUUCUUUUUGAAAAGAAGAAAAAGAAAGAAACCUGCAACUCUUUCCUUAGAAUCAGUUCCCUGUCACUGAGUCAUGUUAGCUGUAACACUGUCAUAGCUGUGUUUUCAAACUGUGCCAAAUUACCAGCAAGUGUCUUUACUGCAUUACGUGUCUAACACUGCUGAUGAAGCAAACUUGGUGGGAGAACAAGUAGCGCCUACUUAGACCAGACAGUUUAAACAGAGUUCGAGUUUAGCAGGAUAAUUAACUGCAGUUUUGCUCAGAAAAAAACCCACUGGAAGUGGGAGCUGAACACCAGAGUUGCAGCUUGACAUGUUCUGUAUUGUCAGAUACAACGUUCUGCAGUUUACUGACCCCCUUACCCUGUUGCUGUGCAUCCUUCAGUCAUGAUGUCUUCUAUCUCCUGCUUUGCCUCCAUCUCCCUUGUACUGGUACAUAUCUGCUGGAGAUGCUGCCCUUCCUGUUGUGCUGUGGACUGACCUGAAACAGGACUGUUUUGUUCAGCCAUGGGAGAGGAGAUUGGGGUUUCUGGGGGUGCAGAAUAAAGAAACCUCACUUUGUCAUCUGACGAGAAGACGCUGGAGAGCACAUAACCUUCCCUGUGGAGAGAGGGGAGCUUUAGGCAGUGUCAGUAGUACACAGACAUUGUCAAGUGUCCUGCAAGAGGAGAUGUGACCCCCGAAGUACAGAGAGGUAGCGAGUGAGGAAUGUGACACACGGCGGUCACAGCGUGUAUAUUCUGUUCAUUAAAGUGCAACACUAACUGUAAACAAGUCUUGUAGAUCCAGUCAAGCACAUUCUCAGAGCUGCUGAGCUGUGGCAGCUGUUGCCAGCAGAGCCACGUGCUGGAGGAAGUGCACUAGAUCCUCCCAACAAUGAAAUUAUCCAAAAUCACAGAGAAUCUCUGAAGGUUUUCUGUUGAUAGCUCUGUUUUGGCUAGGUUUUGUCUUAGUUCCUAAUGAGGAUUUGAUGACUGCUGUCCCAGAAUAAAUAAGCUUUUGGAGAUGUUUUGCUUUGUGAUUUAAAAGUGAAGGUCCCAUGUCACGUGUAGGAAUGAGCAGAUUCUUGAGCUGUCAUAGAGAAAUACUGAGCAUUUAUUUCUGCAUGUGGACCUCAGCUUUGUUAGAAUAAAAGCAUGAGUGUUGAGUGGAUGGUAAAAGCAGUUGCUUUUGGUCCUAGCUUGUCUAUGGCAUUUUAAAUUAUUUUGAGGUAAAUUACAUGAUAGAUGCAAAAAUUAUAGGCCUUACAAUAAUCUAUAAAAAAUUAUAUAAUAUAAAGGAGAGGGAAGGAGGACAAGGGACAUAGAAUGUCUAGUUUUUUGAGUCUUCAGUGGCAAAAGCCUCAACAUUUCAGAUAAAUCUCCUUAUUUCCUUGAUCAAAUAUGUCUCGGGCCUCUCACUAAUUAUUUUUUCUAAUUGUAUUAGACAAUUUCUAUAUAUUAGCUGAAGAAAGUUUGUUGCAUGCUGGUCAAACUAUGUUGUGGCGCUCUCUCUUAUUUUUAUUUUUUUAAAAAAAAGCACAUUUACUUGUAAUUCAAGUCAGCAUCUUUUCCUCUUGGUAUGUAGUGAGUACUAGGCAAUAUUGUACAAUAUGUGUAUGAACUAGAAUAGAUAAGGUAGAUUUAGUGGUUUGUAGCACCGGAUCUUUUAAUAACUAUGACUUUAAAAGGACUGUGGGGAGCUCCAGGUACAUGCCAGACCUGGCAGCUGAGUAACAGGGCUUCUGUCUUAAGUUAUGCUGAAACCUUUGUAUGGCUACUUAGUUUGGACAUUAUCUACCAGUAAGAGCUAAGUUAAUCCUGGGUUUCCUGUGUCCAGGAAGAUGAAUGCAGCGUUUUUGCAGUCUUUAAUAGGGAGUAGGAGACUAUUCAUGCCAAAAACAUUCCCCCAGAAAACUUUGUUUAAUGACUGUCUGUCAAAAAGCUCAGUUCCUGUUUCCCUGGCAGACACAUGUCUCUGUAUCCUGCCCCUCCAAAAGCUGUGCAGGCUCAGUGAUGAUCAGUUUAGUUACCAUAGGACUCCAUAGCACUGAUCUUCCGUCUGGUUUUAAUCACAGGAAAAGGUCACUGUCAGGGGAAAACACAGAAGUUACAGUUCUGGUUGUGUUAUUUUUGUUAAGGUCUCCAGUUCUGUGAUUUGGAGGCAGUUUAACAGUCUGCUCUGUCCUGUUUUCUUCUGCAUUUGUUACGUGGUUGACUGUGGUCCAGUGGCUCUUGCUUUUGUUUUACUCACUUCCCAGUCCUGUUUCUCCCCAGUGAGUGAGCGUUGCCAUCCCUGGCUGCCACACACAGCACAGCCACGUGAACUGGCAAGUGCAGGUGACCUUCCCUCUUAAAGCAGACUCACAGGAGCCCUCCUGAGUGUGCUCACGGGAUACAGAGUGAGGCCAGGAGAGUUGCAUAGUACCCCAAAGUCUAAAUUCUUGCUUCACUCAUACCUGUGAUUCCUGCACUGACCAUGGCGUAUUGUAGUCAAAAAAAGAACUCUUCUAGUUAUCCAUCAAUUUAAAUACUCCCACUAUAGCAUCCAAGACAAGGCUUGGAAUAGCUUAUUUUUAUAAAGCCUAAUCCUCUUUUUUCCCAAAAAUUUGCCUGGCCAGUUCUGUCUGAGGUGAUGUGCUGUGACAGUUGGGAUGACCAGCGUGGUCGUGUACAAAGCAGACAUUUGCCAGAGUGAUGAGCAACUGGAAACUCAACUUUGGUUCCCUUUGCAAGUCCUGGCUGACUGAGCCUUUUCCUGUGCCUGAGUCUUGCUGUUAGUUCUAGUCAGAGACAGGGGAGAGAGGAAGAGCAGGAGACUUAAAUAAAAGAAAAAAAGGCUUUACAGUAUUUUUUGGUCUGUGAGCGUGAUGAGGGAUGAGACUGAGGAGAGAGAAAUGCCUGCCCAGCUCAGGGUUGUGCAUGAACUACUAUGUUGUAAUGGUAAUGGGAGGAUUGCUGGCCAAAAAACCCAUGGAGAGCCAAUCCCUAAAUGUUACCUGAAUUACUAUUCCCGUGGAAAACAAAUCUUGAUGCUGAGAGCAGAAUAAUCUCUCCCCAGUGGGAAUCCCCAGCACACAGGGAGAGCAGCCUCACAUCUGGCUUUGUCCUCUUUGUGCUCUGAGCAAAAAUUUGCAGCCGUGACCAUGGCUGGUCCUGGUUUGUUCAGGCCAAAAAAAAAAAAGAAAGGUAUUUUCCCAGUCUCUUGGUGUUUUUUUCCCUUUGCCCCAACACAGCUGGGGUGGCACAGAGCCAGCACAAGGUCCUCAGUCUGCAGUUCAGUCCCUGGGUCCUCAUCCUGCAGUCGGAGCCAUGCGGGCACUUGUGUCCUUGGGCAGGGUAAGGGCCAGGUGACUUAAUUGUUCAGUCGAGUGCAUCCCCACUCCUUGGGCAUGGAUUGUUUCAAAGGACAUUGCAGCGUUAUUUGCUUUGAAUGAAAAUAUAUAUUUAUUGUUCCUAGCUACCAGAUCCUUUAUCAAUGUACUGUUCUAAAUUUGCAGGUCUUCUGGAGUAUGAAUAUCACAAGUUCCUGUAAAGGAGCUGUUUUUAAGAUGUUGAGGCAGUUAACAGAAUCUCAACCUAAGCAUGUUUAGUAAUGUUUAGACAGCAAGACAACUUUUUUAUGAAACUCAUUUUAAGUUAGUUUAUUACAUGCUGUUGGUAAUAUUUUAAAACAGGAAGAAUAUUUUUCUUUAAAGACAAAAUGAUAUGUAUGUUUUUUAACAGGUAACAUAAUUUAGUGUUUUCAAAAAUGUUUGAUGUUCUUGGUAUGAAGUUUACUCAUUCUUUUGAUUUCUAUGUUCCUUGUUAUAUUUUAUCAACUUUUUUCCAAAAGAAAAGAGGCAUAUGUAAAUAAACACCAGAAAAGAGUCCUAUAAGAAAUUCUGUUCAAACUGGCCAUAAAAUUAUUAGUAAGUAUUUGUUAUCAUUCAUUAACUCUCAGCUACUUUGUUGAAAGAAUUGAUGUUGUAUUUUCAAGAUGAGAACUACUUAGCUAGUUUUGUCAUAAUCCUGUACUCUGUAUAAAAAUCUUUUUAUAAAGAAAGUCUAAUAGGCUACCAAGCAAUAAUAUAUUCCAUUUGGUGUGCACAGAUUGUGACUUGCAGGCUGUAGUACAUAUUGUUGAUACAGUUUAUAAUUGUCUUCAAUCUCAACGACAUCACUUUCGAAAAAGAUCCAUAUUAACUUUGACUGUAAAAAACAAAGACUGGGCUGUUGCCUUGUGAGAUAUAUUCAUCCUAUAGACUUCUCUGUGAGUGUCUGUGCCCAUCGACAUGAGAUCUCUCUUAGGUGAGGAAUGAAAGAGCUGUAGGUGACUUCAUACUACAGAGGUAAAAAAUAGUUUCAGUAUAAACUUCAUGACUGUUUCAAUCUCCUGUUUUUUCUUAGGCUAUCUAGUAUUUGUAACUCGACGAGAAUGGUUCCCACUGCCACCGUAGCCCUGAUAAAGCAAAAAAGCCUUUGCACUCUGGGGCCACAUCAGUUCUGCCUGACAGCUGCCUAUUUUCCUCAAGAUACCAGAGGCAAGCUAAAGGGAGGUUUUUUUCAGAGCAGCAGGUUGGGCUGCUCUUCUUUAAAGGCUUUGUGGGUUAUUUUGUCCAUUUCGUAGGUGGUAUUUGUCCAUUUUGUUAGAAAAUUCCACCCAAGGCAGAGAGAUUGCACCUUCGCAGAGGAUCACGGGGGACUGAGGGGUAAAACAGGCACAGUUCUGUGCCAUUCUCCACAAGUUUGCUAGUGCUGGGCUCACCUGAAGAUUUUUCCAAAGUAGCAGGAUCGAGAUAUUGGACUUUAAGUCAGCUCCAUCAUUGGUGCAGUGCAUAGAAUUAAACAGCCUCAGAACGGUGUCCCAGUUCAUUGCCUGUGGAUUCCUUGCAGCAUUUCCCAUAGGACAGGUCUCUGUGUUGUUCUCAAGACUGCCAGACUGCUGGCCGUGCAGGCAGCAAGUCCCAGUGGUGCUGGGAGCCUGGAGGAAUGAUGGAAGAAUUCCUGGUUUUUGUGAAACGCUUUGAGGAGAGAGAGAGGUGUAAAUGCAAAGCGCCGUCAGUAGAGGAGCCCAGGGCAUAUUGAAACCUGGAGGGAGCAUCUGAAAUGAAAUUGCAGCUACCAAAUUUGAGCCAAACAUUUAGAAAAGGAGAUGAUCAGUGAGAGCCUUUUCGUGCUUACCCCAGUGCACACCAGCCAAGGUGUGUGUCUGAGAACAAGUUAAUUCCCCAGGGAGUUUGCAAGUGAUUAGGUGUUCUCAAAACGUGGCCGACGAGUUUUCCACUCACACUGCCAGGCCCCUCUGCUCAGUGGCCACAUCCCCGUGACCAAGCAGCCACACGUCCAGCCCCAGCUGCUCACCCAUGACAGCAGCAUCCCAGUCAUUCUUGGGGAACCUCAGGCUCUUCUCAAAGUGUAGACACCCUCUGCCCUCCCUCCCCCAUGGUAGCUGCUCUUACUCUUGCAGAGGGGAGGAACCAGGGAGACUUUCUUGUAGCAUUUGGUUCUUUGCACUUAAGAGGCUGUAACAGAAGGGCCCUGCACCAGCCCUUUCCAGAGCACCAGCAAACAGAGGUGACAACCCAUCGACUUUCCCUUCCCAGUAGCUAAAACAGCACCCAAAGCUGUGUUGUUCAGCCCUGCUCAGCCAGGUCAGCAGACAGCCUUGGCAUUUAUGCUGGGCACCUCAGGUGGGCUCGAGACCCCUGUGCUGGGCAGGGAAGGGUUGUGUCUGGCAGAGAGGCCAUGAGGGCACAGCUGUGAGCUCUGCUCCCUGAGCGGGAUGGGGGCAGAAGCAACCCGAGGGAAGGAUCCAGGAUGCUGAAGCCAUCCCACAGGCUUUCCAGGAGUUGGUUUUUGUAGUUGUUUGGGCACCACACAUUGGGAUAGGUGCUCCAGGUCCCACUAACAGCUAGCCUGGAGCUUGAAAUCCCGCAGCAGUGUUUCCUUUGUGGCUGCUGCUCCUUACCCAGUGCUGCACACUGGUCUCUGCUUUGGUGAUUCCGUCUCCUCGACCUGGAGCUGCUUUUGGCUUUGGAGCAAAGGAAAGCAAGGUUUGGAGAGCGAGUCCAAGGCACGAUCCCACAGCCUCACCACGCUGGACUUGCCUUUCUCCUGCUCCCUGCAGGCUGUUCCCUGCACCAGGAAACAGCAAAGGGCAUCCCGGGGAUGCAGUGCCUCCCCCAAGACCCCCUCAUGCAGCACUGCCAUGGCCUGCCACCCACCAGGGAUGCCCGUGUCCUGCCCACGUUUCGUGGCAGUCCCAGAUUCAAACCACAGGGGGUCCUUCCUUUCCCAUCCUUGGAAGGAGCAAGGGGUCUUCUGCAGGGGCUGCACAGCGCAGGCAGGUGGGAUGUGCCACACUGACAGCCAGGAGAGGACAGACCGGGAUCUGCCCCGUACUGCCCGGGGAGAAGGGGAGCUCCCAGCUAGCUUUCCUCCAGGUUCCCUUUGCUUUCCCCAGCGUUCUCUGCUCCCUUCAGGAGUUCCCCCUUCCCUCUCCAUACAAGGCCUUAUUCCAGCCCGAGGGGACUGAGGCUGCCCAGGGCAUCUCUUUCACUGACAAGUCCCUCCCAGGCUGCCUGCCGGGAGCCCCAGGGUGGUGCAGCAGAGCUGGCCUCUGCUCGGGGAUGGGGCUACCCCCAGCCCAUCCACACCCUCACCUCCCCACUCCAGCAUGCAGGUGCUCUGCCUUGUUCCUCUCGUGCCAGGGCCUGGCCAGUGUAGGGAAAUCUGCUUUCAUGGUUUAACCCUUUUUACUUCAUUAAUCGCUUCACAAACCCCAACAGCUUUGCAGGGGCACUGCACUCCUCUUGCCUUUCUGCAGGAGUGGGGGCAGCUGAUCUGCCUCUUUUUGGCCUCUGGUAACCCUCUCCAAAACUUUUUGGAGGUUUUUAACAUCAUGUGGUGAGAUGUAAUCUCCGUGGAGCCGGAGGGAACACAGGCAAUGGAGCUGGGCAGCCUUUGCCCCGGGGGCGAGGGGCUUGCGAGGUGCGUGGGCUGCCUUGGGUGGAAGGUGGGACACGUCCCUGCAGCGCCGGUGGGACGCCGGCCACUCGUCUGUAGUCAGGAGAGGAUUCUGCUAUACUUUUUUCCUGUCUGUAGGUUUUAUUCAGACAAUAUGUAAUGAUUGAGUGAUUUACAAUUCAGUGUUAAGCUAAUGAAAACGUUGAUAAUGGUGAUAAUAAAACCUUUCUUUUUCCUA